UCCCCCCGUUUUUUAACCGCGGCUGCAGGGGAAGCACCAAACCCUCCAGCCGGCCAUCUUGGAGCCCUCGCCAUAAAGCUUCCAGAACAUGAUGUAUGCCUCCGAGUCCAAACCCCGCAUUUGACACUCCCCUCCACCCAAGCCAAGCCAAGCCAAGCAGCGCACCGCCCGGCCCCCUCCCCCUCUCCCCGCUAGGCCCGGAGGAUGAGCCGAGAAGCCCCCCGGCCCCCGAAGACGCACGCCCUGGCGCUCCUCAUCCUCUGCCUCGCGCUGGUGCCAAGCAGCCUGGGCAUGGAGGUCACGGCGCCGUUCACCAUCAUGGCCCUGAAUGGUUCCUCCGUUCGCCUCACCUGCACCUUCAACUCCUGCUACCGGGUGGAGAAGAAGCAGUUCUCCCUUAACUGGACAUACCAGGAAUGCGACAACUGCACCGAAGAGAUGUUUCUACAGUUUAGGUUGAAGAUUGUUCCUAUGGAGCAGACCCGCUUUGGGGAUCGCGUGGAGUUCACCGGGAACCCCAUCAAGAACGACGUCUCCUUCACUCUCCACAACGUGCAGCUGGACGACGAAGGGACCUACCACUGCUACGUCAUGAACCCCCCUGACCGGCAGAAGGGACACGGCAAGAUCAGCCUGAUAGUGAUCACCGAAGAACCUCCCGAGCGGGACUCGACGGUGGCCGUGAUCGUGGGCGCCACGGUGGGAGGGUUCCUGGCCGUGGUCAUCCUGGUGCUGGUGGCUGUCAAGUGCGUGCGGCGCAAGAAGCAGCAGAGGUUGAACACGGACGACCAGAAGACGGAGGAGGAGGGCAAGACGGACGGCGAGGGCAACCCCGAUGAAGGCACUAAGUAGACCGGUGCCCGGAGGCCCGGGAUGGUCCCCUCCUGCACUCUGCCCUCCCGCCCUCCCGCAUCCAUGAGCUUCCUCUAAAGACUCUCCACUGGUGUCAGAAGUGUCGAGGUCCCUCCCUCCCCCACUUAAGCCUCUCCUUUGAGACCUUGUACGCAGCUGGGCAGGGCGCUGCAGAGCAGAUCUUCCUCUGUGGAAGAAUUCCAGGGCUAAAAAGUUGGGGGGGGGUUGCAAAGGGAGGAUUUGGGUGGGGUGAGAGCGAGGGCUCGCCUCCCAACUUGCCACAGGGAAGAUCUUGACCCGUUCCUCCUGCCCCUGCUGUUGAUCCUCUCUGCCCGGCGCCCGCCCCCACCCACCAGGUCACCUGGGGCACCCCGUGAGAAACUCUGCCCGCUGGAGGGGAUCUUUUCCCUUCCUGAGCGGACGCCAGGGGGAGUGUUUGUGUGUGUUGCUGCUGAAGGGGAGCAUUGGCCCCAGGAAGAGAAGGGGGUGGGGUGGGGGAAAAGAGGUUCCCCCUUCCGAUGCAGAAACUGCCACUUAUCGUCUUCCUUCUACAGAAGCCACAAGCACAACCCACUACUGCCAAACGCAACUCACUGCCAGCGGGGCGGGAGGGGGAGGUCGAAAGGGCGGCACAUUCUGCACUCCCUCCCAGAACCGGCAUUUGCAAGCUCACGCGUGUCAGCUAUUCCCUGAUCCCCAUCCAAACUCACACGACCCCCUGAUGUUUCCUAUGCCCAGCAUAAUUGGGGGGGGAGGGUCUUUCUGGGAAUAGGCUUUUUGGGGGGAUGGCGGGUGGGAGACUGCUUGUUUAUUUCCUGAGAGCAUGCUGCCUUUGCCCCGCGCCCCGCGCCAUACUUUUUCUUCUUGGGUGGGCGACUAUGCUUUCUGCUGGGAGGAGCGCUCCUGAAGGGCCCUGGCGGAGGAGAGGUCUGGAUCUCACGGAGGGGCAAGACCCUGGGCUUGUCUGCCUUGUCCUCCCCACUCCACGCUCCGGCUUUCCUUUCGGUAGAGCGCACUUACCUGGCAGUGCCCGUCAGCCUCUUGCUGUAAACUUCACCAGGGCUCUAGGGGAGCAGAGCUGGAUCAGGUCCCUCGGUGCUUGCUGCGUCCUUGGCUCCGAAGCAGGCAAUUCCUGGGCGCCUCUUCCUCUCAGCCACAGCUGGGCUCCAGGCCCGGUCAUCGUCCACCAACCCUGGGCCCCGUGCAUGACCCUGCCGUCCUUCAAGGAGCUCUCGGUUUUCUCUCACUGUCGCACCUGGGGGCAAAAAGGCAGGGCAGUGAAUGUGGGGAGGAGGCGCCCCCUAAGUCCUCUUGCUUCUCCCAUCUGGCCGGCCAAGGCUCUGCUCCGUUCCUUUCUGCCUUGCUGCGAUUGGCUCGUUCUCUGCUAAGCAGGCCACAAGGUGGUGCUCUCGGCUCCCCUGACAAUGGAGACAGCUUUUUUGCGGGGGGGGGGGAAGGUCACCUCUUGUGGGAAUGUUUAGGAAGGUAGGAGAGGCUAUAUUGUUUUGAUAUUAUCCCUCCUCACUCACCCUAGUGAGCAAACAGCAGAGCGCAGUCCCUUUGCAACUUAUUGGAAGCAAGUUGAUGACUCGCUAGAGUCUUUUAAUUAAGCAGUCCAGUCUGGCUUGUUCCUGGUAAAUUUCCCCUUUAUUUCCCUCUUAAAAUAAGAAUAACGCAACACAGUCUUCUUGAAAAAUAACAGGUUUUUUCUCACGUCCAGUUCACAGCAGUAAUCUGAAGGCAGGCUUUAUCUUGUGGCUACAGUUACAUUUGUAGAGAAAAGUUAAGUCCGAGUUAGGUCUCCAUCCUCUGUAAGGAUGUGCCAUGUGCUGGCUAAGAGCCAGGAGCAGUAGGGAUCCAGAAGUGAAGAUUCAAAAGAGGAAAAGGGAAGAUGGCUGCAUGGCGAGCCCUUUUACAUGGACAGCUAGGGUCACGCCCAUCCACCUGGUCACCCACAGGGAGAGGAGGCUCCAGAGCAGAUAUGGCAGGAAGCCCUCCCUGUCUGGAGCCACUUCCCCCUGUGUGUCCAUUCUGGGCAACAGGAAAAUGUUGUACUUGCUGCUCUAUCAACGCAUCCCACACCACUAGCAUCCCCUCUGGAGAAGGGGGUGAUGGUUCUUCUCCCCGGAGUCCCUCGUUUGAAACGCGGGUGGGGGAGAGUGCAGGGCAGGCAGGCCAAGGGCACCUCGUCGGCUGGUUCCAGGGCCUGGAGCUGCCUUUGGUUCUUGCUUGACUUUCCCCGGACCCGUCGCUCGAAAUUUGCCCCCCACACACCCAGGGGAGACGCAGAUACCUCUUGCUCUCGCCACCCGGCAGCUCGACGGCGCCCCCUGCCGCCACCUUCCUGUUCUUUAUUGUUUUGCCAAAUUUUGCCGUUUGGUUCUCAACCAAAGCCACAGUAUGGAAUGUUUUAUUGCUCUUUUCGUGCGUACGCAGGAAAACAAAUAUACAGAUAACGCAUACCUAUACACAUGUACAUAGUCAGGAAACGAUUUCGUUGACCAUACUUUGCACAUUGGCUGUUUGUAUUUUCGCUGUGCUGCUAUGUUGGGAGUAAGCAUUUUUCCUGCCUGGGUCUGUCUCGGGGAAUCGGAGUCCAGGGAAAUAAAACAGAGCGCGCAGCUCAGAACAGGCGUAGCUCCGCCUCUUUCCCGGGACAGCUGGGCAGUGGGGAGACCUCAGCUUCACGAGCAUAGACCGGGCAACUCUGCGGGGUCCUGGUUUGUAGGAUCCUAGGAUCCUGAAGGCCGCCUAGUCCGCCUCACCCCAACACAAAGCCUAGGGCAGGGCUUACAUCCAGAGCAUAUUAAAUAAUAAAGAUGAUCGUGCCUCUGAA